GGAAACACCAGCUCCCAGAGCGUCUUCCGGCGGGAGCGGGGCCGCUCCUUACCAUGGGGACAAUUCAUCUCUUUCGAAAACCACAAAGAUCUUUUUUUGGAAAGGUAUUACAGGAAUUUGGACUUGUAGCAGCUGACAGAAGGUCCUGGAAGAUAUUGCUGUUUGGUGCAAUAAACUUAACAUGUACUGGCUUCCUGCUUAUGUGGUGCAGUUCCACUAAUAGUAUAGCUUUAACUGCCUAUACUUACCUGACCAUUUUUGAUCUAUUUAGUUUAAUGACAUGUUUAAUAAGUUACUGGGUAAUGAUGAGGAAACCCAGCCCUGUCUAUUCAUUUGGAUUUGAAAGAUUGGAAGUCCUGGCUGUGUUUGCCUCCACAGUCUUGGCACAGUUGGGAGCUCUCUUUAUAUUAAAGGAAAGUGUAGAACGCUUUUUGGAGCAGCCCGAGAUACACACGGGAAGAUUAUUAGUUGGUACUUUUGUGGCACUUUCAUUCAACCUAUUCACGAUGCUUUCUAUUCGGAAUAAACCUUUUGCUUAUGUCUCUGAAGCUGCCAGUACAAGUUGGCUUCAAGAGCAUGUUGCAGAUCUUAGUCGAAGCGUGUGUGGAAUUAUUCCAGGACUUAGCAGUGUCUUCCUUCCCCGAAUGAAUCCAUUUGUUUUGAUUGAUCUUGCAGGAGCAUUUGCUCUUUGUAUUACGUAUAUGCUAAUUGAAAUUAAUAAUUAUUUUGCUGUAGACACUGCCUCUGCCAUAGCAAUUGCUCUGAUGACGUUUGGCACUAUGUAUCCCAUGAGCGUGUACAGUGGGAAGGUAUUACUCCAGACAACACCACCCCAUGUUAUUGGUCAGUUGGACAAACUUCUCAGAGAGGUAUCUACCUUGGAUGGAGUUUUGGAAGUACGAAAUGAGCAUUUUUGGACCCUCGGUUUUGGCUCAUUGGCUGGAUCAGUGCAUGUAAGAAUUCGCCGAGAUGCAAAUGAACAAAUGGUUCUUGCUCAUGUGACCAACAGGCUGUACACUCUAGUGUCUACACUGACUGUUCAAAUAUUCAAGGAUGACUGGAUAAGGCCCUCUUUACCAUCAGGGCCUGUUGCAGCUAAUGUCCUAAAUUUUUCAGAUCAUCACAUAAUACCAAUGCCUCCUUUAAAGGGUAUUGAUGAGUCGAACCCUGUCACAUCAACUCCAACUAAACCUAGUAGUCCACCUCCAGAAUUUUCAUUUAACACCCCUGGAAAAAAUGUGAACCCAGUUAUUCUUCUAAACACACAAACAAGACCUUAUGGUCUGGGACUUAAUCAUGGACACAUACCUUAUAGCAGCGUUGUUAAUCAAGGACUUGGAGUUCCAGGAAUUGGAGCAACCCAAGGAUUCAGGACUGGUUUUACAAAUAUACCAAGUAGAUAUGGAACUAACAAUAGAAUUGGACAACCAAGACCAUGACAUACUGUGAUUUAAUUUAUUUUAUGAGGAAUAUUGACUCCUUGACUUCCUUCCUAUUUACUUAGUAAUCCAACUUUGCAUUGACUGUUCAAUCAUUUGUUGUAAAUAUUAGAGAAUAGUAGGCUAGUUCAUAUUAUAUGAAACCAAUGAAACUAUAUUUUUGUAAGAUAUAGUUAGAACAGUGAGAAACUUCUAAAUGUUGUAGGCUUUAAAUAGGCUUCCUUUAGAAAGUGUAUUUCUCUAAAUUUGAAUUUUGCUAUCUUUGGUUUUGAAGUUGACUACAGUGUGAUAUGAGAUUACCUUUACAAGAGAACCAUUUGAUGGAGUAGAUCUGUCACAUUAUAUUCUCUUCAGUGAAAUUUAUAAAACUGCUUCUUGAAUAAUGAUACACAUUUUAGGAAAGGAUAAAAAUAUCCAUUCUAAAAGUAAAAAAGUCUUUUAUGGCUUUUCCAAACUUAAUUGCUACAUUUUUCUUUGAGGUCUUCUGAAUUAUGUCUUGCAAAGUAAAAGCAAAAAUUUUAUUAGAAAUUUUAGAAUAUAUACUACUACCUAGUUUUUGUUUUUUGGUUUUUUAAUAUAUUUUUAUUGAUUUCAGAGAGGAAGGGAGAGGGAGAGAGAGUUAGAAACAUCAGUGAUGAGAAUCAUCGGUUGACCACCUCCUGCACUGGGGAUCGAGCACACAAUCUGGGCAAUUGCCCCUGACUAGAAUCAAACUUGGGACCCUGCAGUCUGCAGGUUGACGCUCUAUCCACAGCCAGACUGGCUAGGGCAUAUUACCUAGUUUUGUCAUUUAAAAAUUUCAAUACAUUUGUAAAUAGUCCAUGGUUCUCAAAGUGUUUUAUUCUGGUUAAUAAGUACCAAAUCCUUUAGUGAUGUGCAAUAAAGGAAUCCCAGUUUUCUCUCUUACACAUAAUCUGAUUCUGACAUAAUGAUGGAAUUUAUCUUUUUUUGUAACUUUUUCAUUGGUUGACUUAAUUUCUCAUUUUUUAAACAAAACAUAUCAAGUAUGUUACCAAAAUAUAUGGGAUUCAACAAAUGUUAUAAUAUGGGAUUUGAUAUCUUUUCAAAGUUGCACAAUCAGUUUGAGAUUAUAUUAUAAAUUUUUACCAAAAGGUAAUGGAUCUUAAAUUAUAGAGUACAGUAUUUUCAGACUUGCUACAGGCAGUUUUUGACUUGUUUUGUUUUGCUUUGUUAAACAAUGAAUUGUUAACGUGAUGAAGUGUGAGAAUUAUAUAGAUUAUUUUAUAUUUUGAUUACUUUCCAAGUGCACAUGUUAAGAACUUUCUAAUGUGACCAAUAUUCCAUAUAAAAAAUAUAACAAGCAGCAAUUACCAAUGAGGUUAUAUCAUGAGUUUUAUGGUUAGGGUUUUAAAAAGGGAUUUUAAGAGUGGAUUCAACUUUUCUGGAAUCCAGCGACUCCUAGAGAUUUGUGACUUUUCCAGCCAUUACCCAGCUAUCUAGAGAAGAUUUAUGUUCCUGUAGAAUUUGCAACAGUUUCUUCAAUCAACUCAUCCUCUUUUAAAUAUGAGCAACACUUCCAAAUCCUAUUUCUUCACUGUGGAAUAACAAACAUCUAAGAAGCCAUCUCUAUCACAAGUAGUUAAUCCUGUGAUAAUAAAUGACCAUGUCCUAAAUACCUUUUGCUUGCUGAGGAGUUGGUCAUUGUCUUGGCAUCUGCGACCCUGUUCAGGCAUUUUACCUACUGAAGAAAUAGAGUCCACACUACUUUGACUGUUGGUGAAAAGGAAUAAGGCAACCUGUUUCUUGUCUUUUGUCUUAUGUUCUCCAACUAUUACUAUUGCCUGUUAUUGGUCUACCAUUACAGGGUGGUUUUUCCUCCAUUGACCUCAUCUAAAUGUGAAUUCGGGUCUUGCAUGAAAUCUGAAGGACUGUCAUGUGCUGAGGGAUGAUGAUUCAGAGGUAUGUGCUGCCACCGUAUGCACAUCUUCUCCAUCCCGUAGGAUGGAGAAGUGUCCAGGUGCUGAACACAGCUCUGUGUGAGGUUAAAUGCCUACUUCCUCAACACCCACUCAGAAGCAACAUCUGUGCAGUUGUCCUACCAAGGAGCUUUCAUGCCAACCUACACUAUUUGAGAAGUUGCCUGUGGGUUCUGAAGGAAUUGGCUCUACUUGCUGAACUUCAUUACUGCCAUCUGUUAUAGGUGACUUUGGUCCUUGCAUUAUGAUAUAACGUCUUAUUUGCCAAGCUCUGGCCAGCUUCCGGAUAUGAAAACAAGAAAUUUGGCCAGCAUAGGCCUUUAGACAGUACCUUACUGGUAAAUCUUGUCAUGGAGUUACUUGAAGCUAGACAAAAAAAGGAAGUUCAAAUUACAUACUUGCCCCAUGGUUUGUGAUUUAAGAGCAAGCUUCAUGGAAUAUGAUGAACCCUGUUUGAGAAAUCACUGUAAUGGAAAAAACAUUGGACUGGAAGACAAGAAUUGCAUUCCAAAACUGAUACUGCCGCUGUGUAAGUAGUUUUGUAACCAUGGGCAAGUCAUUUAACUUCCCUGAGCUUUUUCAUAUGUAAAGAUAGGGUGGGGAAUGAAUUAGUUGAUCUGUAAACUAUCAACUCUAAAAUUUUAUGACUAAAUCUGUAGAAUAUGUGCCCAGUUGCUAAACAAUAUUGUACCCAGAAUUUCUUUCCAGUGACUACCUCAACAUAUAGGCCAAGUGUUACCUAUACCAACACCCAAGCCAUUAAUUUGAGGUGCCAUGAGAAUAGAAGGUGAACCGCAGGCUAACACCAUUUAGGAAUUAGUUUAUUUCAGACUUGCCUCGAAUAAAUCUUUUAAAUCUGUUUAAACAGA